AUGACAAAGAUCCCUAAUCAGCAUAUAUUAGAUUGGAAUAUUCCAAAGCAUUUGGCUCGUUUCGACUGGGAAGAAGCGCCUGACAAGUCGCUGACUGUACGAGUGUAUCCUUACGACACCUCCAAUGAUAAGACCGAAGCAACUGUCAGCCCCACGCCGUUUUUCCAGGCAACGAUGAAACGCAUUCCGCUCAUACCAUCAUUCCCAUUCUCGAGUAAAUGGCUCAGCCACAUCGGAAUCGAUCUUGAAUGUGUUCACCCACCGCUCCCCGAGGGUCGAGGGAGCCAGGGUGAGCUCCCGGGCACGAAAUCUUGGUGUGCCUUUACGCCAGCUUUCAGCGGAAAAGCUGUAGGCUUGAUGACGUUCGACAUGAAGCAAUACUUUGAGGAUGAUAAAAAGGGAUCUCAAAGGAAUGAAAACUUCUGGCCUGGGCUGGGCAGGCGGCGUGUUGGGGUAGCGAUGGAAAAUGCUACCUUAGUGCUUGAUAGUAGAGAAAUUUGA